UUGACCCUGAAGCUGGAUGGAGAAGAAAGCCUCUGCGGCAGUGCGGCAGCCCAUUGGCCGGCGUGAGGAGGAGGAGGAGCCGGCGGAACAGCUCGGCUGCCUCUGCUCUUCCUCUCCGCUCUGCUCUCUGCUCUCCUGCGUGGCUCCCCGAGAACAAACCCUGAAGCCAACUUUUCCCAUUGUUGUCAUAUUUGUUUGUUUUUUUGCUCAUUUAAACUAGAAGCUCGCAACGCAGACAAAUGGCUCAACCAUUCCCCGACACUUUAGCACACGAGGCAGUUUUAAACUCGGGAAGCGGACGCGUCUAAAUUUAUGCCGCAACUUCAAACAGAUCCACGGAACAAGUUGGACGCGACGUAAAGGAGCCCGGAGCAGCUCAAGCUCUAAGUCAAGAUGUCUGUCAGUAACCACGAGAACAGAAAGUCUCGCUCAAGUUCCGGCUCCAUGAAUAUCCACCUCUUCCACAAAACGUCCCACGCCGACAGCCUGCUGACUCAGCUCAACCUGUUACGCAAACGAAAGGUCUUCACAGAUGUCGUGCUGAAGGCCGGGAGCAAUUCGUUCCCCUGCCACCGGGCCGUCCUGGCCUCCUGUAGCCGAUACUUUGAGGCCAUGUUCAGCGGCGGGCUCCGGGAGAGCCGUGACGCCGAAGUCAACUUCCGCGACUCUCUCCAUCCAGAGGUGUUGGAGCUCUUGCUCGACUACGCUUACUCGGCCCGAAUCAUCAUCAACGAGGAGAACGCGGAGUCGCUCCUGGAAGCCGGCGACAUGCUUCAAUUUCACGACAUCAGGGACGCAGCGUCAGAGUUUCUAGAAAAGAACCUCCAUCAGUCAAACUGUCUGGGGAUGAUGCUGCUGUCGGACGCCCACCAGUGCCAGAGACUGUACGAGCUGUCGUGGAGGAUGUGCCUGGCAAACUUUGAUACUCUCUUCAAGACUGAGGACUUCCUCAGCCUGCCCAGAGACAAGGUCCAGGAGCUGAUCCUCAGUGAGGAGCUGGAGGUGGAGGAUGAGAGCCUGGUGUACGAGGCUGUGAUCGACUGGGUCAAGGCGGACAUGGAGCACCGGCACAGCGAGCUGCCCGAGCUGCUGCGCUGCGUCCGCCUGGCGCUGCUCCCUGAAACGUACCUGCUGAAGAACGUCGCUUCAGAGGAGCUGGUGAUGUGCCACAAGGUGGGUCGGGAGAUCGUCGAAGAUGCCGUACGGUGCAAAAUGAGGAUCCUCCAGAAUGACGGUAUUGUAACGGGGUUUUGUGCCCGGCCGAGGAAGGUUAGCCAGGCCCUGCUGCUGCUAGGAGGACAGACUUUCAUGUGUGAUAAAGUCUACAUGAUCGACAACAAGACGAAGGAGAUCACCCCCAAAACAGACAUCCCCAGCCCCAGGAAAGAAUGCAGCGCCUGUGCUAUUGGUUGCAAGGUUUAUGUUACUGGAGGACGUGGCUCUGAGAACGGGGCCUCCAAAGAUGUCUGGGUCUACGACACGUUACACGACGAGUGGUCCAAAGCGUCUCCUAUGCUGGUCGCCAGAUUCGGACAUGGGUCUGCAGAACUGGACCACAUGCUGUAUGUUGUGGGAGGACACACUUCUCUCGCAGGAUCCUUCCCUGCAUCUCCCUCUGUGUCUCUCAAACAGGUGGAGCAGUACGACCCUCAGACCAACAAGUGGACCCUGGUGGCUCCACUUAGAGAGGGGGUCAGCAACGCUGCCGUCGUCGGGGCCAAAAACAAACUCUUUGCCUUUGGGGGCACCAGCGUGAACAGAGACAAAUACCCCAAGGUGCAGUGCUUUGACCCGUGCCAGAAUCGGUGGACUGUGCCGGCCUCCUGCCCGCAGCUGUGGCGCUACACUGCAGCGGCCGUGGUUGGAAACCAUGUCGUGGUGAUCGGUGGCGACACUGAAUUCUCAGCCAGCUCUGCUUACCGGUUCAACAGCGAGACGUACCAGUGGUCAAAGUUUGGAGACGUGACGGCCAAACGGAUCAGCUGCCAUGCAGUGGCGUCAGGAAACAGACUAUAUGUGGUCGGGGGGUACUUCGGGGCUCAGAGGUGUAAAACACUAGACUGUUAUGAUCCAUCGUCGGACUCUUGGGACAGUGUGACCAGUGUGCCGUACUCGCUUAUUCCCACUGCCUUCGUCAGCACAUGGAAGUACCUCUCCGCAUAGAGAGCGACUCUUUGAAGUUUCCACAGCGACUCGAUCGGCCGUGGCGUCCGGUAUGCAGCGUGCAUCUCCCCUUCACUGGCGGCGGAGGAAGAGUUCCCGCUGUGGCUCCCUCCAGCCUGACUUACAUGAUCUGCAGCUGCAGAGCGCGGAGUCUCUAUAUAACAUGAGAAGCACAGGAAGCAGACUGAGCGCCGACGUGUUUCACCUGCACGGUGCGGCGCUGCUCGCCUGCACUCACUUCUGGUUACGGGCACUUUUCUGUAACUCGUUUUCCUCUGCCGAUAGUUCCCCCCUCAGUGUAGGCAGGGGGUCAGCUGAUCGCUGUAGCGCCGCCACGUGAAACCCACCCAUCAUCUGCAAGUGUGCACGCCGUAGUUUUGCAAAGUGACAUUUCUUUUAAAAACUGGGGCGAGGUAAUAAAAAGUUGCUACUGUUUGUGCAGGACGUCCCGUGUUGCGCUCUCUGACCAAUCGGUGGUCUGCAUUGUUUUUACCCAACCUUCUGUCUGCAACGUCUGCGAAUGGAAAACCGCACGGAGCCGCACCGUGCCGAUGACACGUGGCUCUUGGCUUCUCCUUCCUCCACCCCCUGCGAUGGAUCGGCCCCGCACUGCUCGCCGGACUCACUCCCACAUCAUCACGCAUCCUCCCGCCUGGAGAUCACCACGCACUUACAGCUGGACCUUCUGUCGUGGUUUCUCUCCUCGGGACACCGAGCGUUCACUCAGGUGUCAUCUAUUCGGACUGCCGAUUGGCUGACUUAGACCGUUGCUGCGCCAGGCGUUUGGGGAAGUGUAUGAUUUUGUAUUCUUAGACUCUGGACUUGGGCUUCCCUCAAUUUUGGUGAGCUAAAUUCGUAUAUCUUAAAAUACACGCUCGCACGAGAGAACGUGGCCGUGACGGCGGGACAAGAUUCUUUUCUGCUUGUUAUUUGAAACUAUUUGUUGUGUACUUUGUGUCUCAGGGUUUUGUGUAGUUCUGCCUGUUUGUAACGUUUUCUGUCUUCUUCUUUGUGAAUGUAAUAUUUAGUGAUGAACUCUCAGUUCAGACGGCGUUCUUACAAAGUGUAAAAGUAUGAUUACACUUAAACGUUGCCAAAACCUGAAUCUGUAACCUUCGUGUCAUUCUGCAUUUAAGUAACAAGCAAAGUGUGUGUUCUCAUAUGUCAGGCUCUGUAGUGGAAGUUGUUUGCGUGUAUAGUUUGUAUAUAUUUGCUUUGUAAUGAUUUUGUAGAAGCCUUUGAUUUGCACAUUUUGUACAAAGAAAUCUCUCGACGGUCUUAAUUUUGUAUCUUUGUGUAAACGUCUCGUGUGACUCAUCGAAGCAUUUCUGUAGCAAACGAUCAGCAAGUAUACAUGAAACGCACUGAUAUGUGACGCUAUCACUGACCCUCUGUUACGUGUUCUACGGAUCAUAACUCGCCAAUAAACAUCUCGUUGAA